AUCACUUGCUGGCGAUAUAAAUAAUAAAAGAAUCAAUGGAUAACCAGAUAACUCAACCGCCACUGAGAGCGACUGUUCCGCUGGAGAACCUGGAGGCGCAACUGGAGCUGUUCAUCGAGAACGUGCGUCAAAUUGAACUCUUCGUCAGCGACGUUCAGCCCCAGGGACAGAGCGUUCUCAACCAAAAGCUUAAUGGCAUGAUUACCGGCCUACAGAAUAUUGACAAGCUACGUUCCCAGGUGCAGGACGUUUAUGUGCCCCUCGAGGUGUGCUACGACUACAUCGACCAGAACAAGAAUCCCCAGCUGUUCACCAAGAACUGUCUUGAAAAGACGCUGGUAACGAACGAGAAUGUCAAGGGCAAGAUCGAGGGCUUCCAGAAGUUCAAGGGAAAAAUGCUCCUUGAAUUGUUCAAGACCUUUCCCAACGAGAUGGAUAGCUAUCGUGCCUACAGGAAUGCCUCGGUAGGAGGGGGGGAUGACCCACCUACAGCCUAG